AUUUCUUCAAGAAAACCAUACUAAAAUGGCCAUCAAAAAAUCAAAUAAGUUGUCACAAUCUCCUGUUUUGAAGCAAAUUUUGAAGAAGUGUUCAAGUUUGGGUAAAAAAAACGAAGACCACCUUCCUGUUGACGUACCAAAAGGACAUUUUGCAGUUUACGUGGGAGAAAAUAGGACUCGAUACAUCGUACCUAUUUCUUUUUUGAGUCAUCCCGAGUUUCAAUGCCUCCUUCGUUGCGCUGAGGAAGAAUUUGGGUUCGAUCAUGAUAUGGGCAUUACAAUUCCUUGUGAAGAAUUUGUUUUCCAAUCACUUACAUCAAUGCUGAGAUAAUUAAGUAAUUGGAAAGAAGAAAAAAGGUGAAUAUUA